AACGAGUGUUAGUUUUUGCUUAAAAGACCAAAUCAUAGAGAUUCAAUUUUAUUAUUAAAAUUAAUUCAAUAUCAAUUACCAAAAAGUUGUCAUUAAAUAUGGGUUUACAUUUUGUGAAGUUAAGUUCUUUUUGUUUCAUAUUGCUUACAUUUGUAAGUGUUAUGAAUGCAAACAAUUCUACUCGUCAAAAAUUGAAAGAUGACGAAAUUGGGAAAAUCUGCUUGAAAAUAAUUCAGGAUGUUACAUGUUCGAAGAGUAAUAGAGAUAUAAAUUUGAUCUUUUGUAAUGUUUGUAAAACUCCGAUUUGGGAAACAUAUGACGACUACAGUUAUACAUUUAGUCUUCGUUAUUGUCCAACAUGUCUUUUUAAACCCAUUGUUGAGUCGCAUGAUUCUUCAGUAGAAGAACCAGUUAUAAUGAAUACUGUAAAUGCAUCGUAUAAUGAUAUCCAACCAGGCAAUUCGGGAAGUGUUCAAAAUUAUUGUGCAGGACUUAAAGAAACUGUAUCGUACAGAGAAUUUUUGAAACCCUCCAAUAAAGAAAAUGACGAUAAUCAGUAAUAUCAUGAAAGAUAAUAACAAACAAUAAAUAAUUCACAACAAAUAAUUACUUUUUUAACAUCAUUAUACAUAAAAUAUUUGUUUAAUUUAUUAUUUUUGUUAAAAUUUAAUAAAUGUUUGCCAACAUUAAAAUUUCAAAUAAAUCAAAUUAAAGUUCGUUAAAAUU